UACUCCUGUAGGUUUCUGCUUGUGGCCAGGGUAACGGCUCAAUGCGAAGGCACCUCCAGGGGAUUUUCUGCUCCCAACCGCCUGUUCGAAUGUGUGAGGAGAUGGCUUGGCUUUGGUGUUCACCACACCUGCUUCCUCCCAGGUGCCACAGGGACUACUAAAGAUGUAGCAGAAGAAUCCAUAUCAGAUGAUGACAAAAGGAGGAACUAUGGUGGUGUUUAUGUUGGUCUGCCAUCGGAUGCAACUGCCAUGGUUUCCAGUCAGACAAAAGCUGCACCUAAAGGUAUUUGAAGGUUGUGUGUUGCAGUUCUCAUGCAUUCUCAGUCUAAUUUGAUCUACUAAAAUGUAUUUAUCCUUUAAAAAUCAGUGAUUACUUCAGACAGACUGAACAGCUUUGGAGCCUCUUAAGGCAGUGGAACUAUUUAUAAUCAUUGAAGUGAUUGUUCCCAUUUAGCAAAAUUUUAACACACCUACUUUUGCAGAAGAAUCAUAGAGCAGACGCUCACAGUGUGGUACAUUGUCUUCUGAACAGCUUCUCCGUGCUCUGAGCGCUGUGUGGAUUCAAAGAAAACAAAAACCUGUUACAAUUUAGAGGCUAGGAUAUAUGCACUUGCAGAGCCUUAGCACUAUUUAUAGUUUUGAAGGUGUUUACUUGCAUUGUGGUGAAUUCCAAUAAGCAGAGUUAGUAAGUGCUUGCUUUCAGAUGUGUUUCUGUUCUUGUAUGAAACCCGGUGCAAAUUGUUUUUUUCCCAUUUUAUAUUUUUGAGCUUCCAAAGCUUGUUGCAAUGCAAAAAGUGAAGAACAAUAACACGAUUUACCAUAAUAAUAUUGUAUGUAUUUGGAACAGUAUUAACUUCACUGCAUGCUUUGUUGAAUGGGGCUUUAAAUUAGUGAUAUGCUAGAAUGUUUUAACCAUCUUUACCUUCUGUUUUCUAAUUAAGAUUAGAAGGAAAUAAACGCAUCAAGAUGCAAACAGCUGGAGUCCUCUGCUAAGACCAAUUGCCAGUACUUAGGAGAAAGUUGUCUUUCUACUGGAGAUUUUUUAUAUUCAUGUAGCCUUCCACAUGGCAAGACAGUUCAGAACACUAAAAAAUUGAAACUGCUGCAAGUUACAACUACAGGUAAAGCUUAAAGUACAACAUGGAAUGAGUUAGCAAUGACGAUUGCAUUAUGGAAACUUUCUGCUGUUAUCCAGUGAAAAAUGAAGUUGAUGAACUCGUGGAUAUUUCUGGACAAGAGCUAACUUUGAUGAUCUGCAACUUAUUUCCCUUUGGCCAUAUUGCAGAUUUCAUCAGCUAUCAGCUACGCUUCGUAUAUUUUCUCUGACAGUUUUUGAUAGAUUUUAUAUAGAAAGUCAUUACUACUGUCCACUUAACAUUUCCUAUGGUAGGUUCCUAUAAAUUAAUUGUUGAUUUACUUCAGAGUAAUAUAUUUGACAGGUUUGCAUCUUUUUGGUAAUAUUGCAAAUUUUAAUAUUUUUGCUUUGAAAACUUAGAAUAGGAAGAAACAGACAUAAGACCAUCAGGUUCUUUAUAAUUACUAUUGUCACUUUUAUACAGUGAAAUGAAUAUGAGUGUUCAAUUUUCACCUUUUAAAAAGAUAUUAUUGCUCAAGGAAAUUUAUUUAAAUAAGAACAAUGAUGUACUUCACUGUAAUAUUUACAUGUCUGUUAUUUUCUUCAGCUUUAUCUCUUUUAUAAAGCUUUACAUGGAAAAAAUACUGAUGAACCAAACUAUUAUGUUAUGUCUUCCAUUCCGUGUAAUAUUAUAAUUACAUUUCCUUGUGUAAGAAUGACAUGAUGGUAUUGUCAGAGAGAGCUGAACUAAAACCCAGAGUUGCAUCCUCCCGAACCACAGAGGAGUUUUGAUCAAUAUUUGAGUUUUGUAUCCCCAGUUCUUCUCUAAGCAUCUCAAGUUUGACAAAUUGUAGCAGAAUGUGUGUUCUUAAUACUUCAGUGGUUUGUUAUAUUAAAUGAUGGAUGGGCGGUUUUAAAAUUCAUUAAGUUCAUACCAAAUGUAAGUUCCCACAGGAACAUGAAACAAAUUGUACAUUUCCAUAUGGCUGAACAUGUAUU